AAGGACAUAACAUCUGCUCCUAUCUACACAUUAAAUUAAUCCGAAUGUGAGGAUGGAAGAUUACGAGGUGUUUCAAACCCAGUUCACAUCCAUAAUGGCAACAGUCUUACAGACCGCUGUCAGGGAAGCAACACAACUUUUUGAAGGCACUUUGCAGCAUUUGAAAGCGGAGCUGGUGAUACUCAGAAGGGAGAAUGUCAAGCUGAAGAAAGGUGAUUCAUCCAGCCAAGUCAAAACAAGAUGCACUGGAUUUGGGAAUCAGAGGAAUGACAAUGCUUCUAAAAAUCGCGAUGUUGGCGUGCAGUGUGAAAAGGCCGUUUUCGUUGACCGGGGCUGUAACACUCUUCAGUUUAUAGGACAACGUCUUCACGUUGGAGACAUUACAAGUGAUAAACUGGCAGAGCUGUGCACCAAUGAGGAUGAAAAUAGACAGCUUGCUUUACUCCUCAUCAAACAAGAGCCUCAAGAGACUGAACAUGACCACUACAAACCAGGAUACUUUCUACUUAAGCAAGAGGGUGCUGAGCCAAUACUGGUGCGCAGAGAGCCAAAUAACGAUACCAUGGAAAGAGUUGUGAUCCCAACAACAUUUCAAACAAUAAGCAGGCACUAUGGCAACUCUGGAGGAAAUUCAUUAGUGACUCGUUCCUCAUGUAGUCACAGAGUGAAUCCCUGUGGUCACCAAUCCAACCAGUCUACCUGCCCAGCCCGAGGUACAGCUGAAAGAACAUCAGAAAACAGAGAUGGCUUGUCUUCCCAAAAUGAAAAAGAACGAGAAAGUGCAUUUGCACCAGUCGAGACAUCAACUACUUCAGUAGAACACGCCAAUUCAACCCAGAAUCUUGUUUCCUCGGUUGAGUUGUCUGUUCCAAUGAUUGAGCUGUCUUGUGCUCCAGGUUGCACACCAAUAACUCAGGUUCACCGUCGACCAAAUCAGAAUCAUGAAACAAUAAACAAGACCAUUUCACCACAGUCCAUUAUGCCACUAGCCCAGGAGGUGACUCCACUAGUACAAGCUUUCAUGCCAUUAAACCAUGUUCCAGAUACUUCAGCAUCAAAUACAAUUUCACCAGUCCAGGAUCCAAUUCUCUCGACCAGUCUUGGAGUCUCUCAAACCCAGGUUUUUGCUUCAUCACCAAAGAUAAUGCCAGUGCAUUCUGCAAGUUCAAGUCCAUUAUUACAGUUCCCUUUGGUGCCACAGCACAAUCCGUCUCAUGCAGCUGAGCCUUCUUAUCUGCCAACACAUGUUCCAUUUUCUUAUUCCCACAAUCCAGUUACACCAAUUCAGGGAUCUGUCCCCUCACUUCCAGCUCUGUCAACUGGUACUCCAACCCCACCUCAACUUCUGCAAUCACAAUAUUCAGCACAAUCCGAUCAGUUCACCUCUUUGGACCAUUUUUUUCCUCCACCUGAUAACACCACAUGUUUGCUUGAAUCUCUGGAUACUCUGCCUUUGCACUCACCCAUUUUGAUGACGCCCCAAGAUGCCCUAGAGCAGUCGUCUAUGCCCCAUUUACAGCCAUCAGGGCCACUUGCACCUCUGCUAACACUGAAGGAACAGCGAGCUGCAACUUCCACCCAUUCAAGUGUUUUAGGGAGAGUACCUAUUAUACCUUUAGAGACUGCUGUUUCUCCAGUCAAUCACUUUGAAGUCUAUACUGGAGAGACUAAAUCAGUUGCCACAGAUGAUGAUGAAGACCUCCCAGAGUAUAGUGAGUACAAUAGUCCCACACUCCAGUCUAGACUGAGAAAACAGAGAAAAGCUUUUUCCAAAUCCAGACAAAUAAGUUUAGCAGAUGAGGUCAGCACAUUCACUUUCGAGGAUAUGGGGAUAAAUGGGGUGCAGAACGACCUGUUUAAUGAAGCAGCACAUUGUGGCACAAGUUUUUCCACAAAUUACGGAAGUCAAGCAUUAACGAAAGCUUCAAGCAAAACACUGCAGAGGAGUACUGAGUGUGCUGAGUGUGGAAGGGUGCUCAGCAAUGCAUCUGCUUUGGAGAACCACAUGAGACUUCAUACAGGUGAGAGGCCUUAUACCUGUUCUCAGUGUGGAAAGGCCUUCCCUAGUGCACGAGGUCUUAACCGGCACGUAAAAGUCCACACAGAAGAGAAGCGGUAUCAGUGUGAGGAGUGUGGAAAAAGUUUUGUUUACCACUUUACCCUUACCAAACAUAAGCUCAUCCACUCAGGAGAAAGGCCCUUUCCUUGUAAAGUUUGUGGCAAGAGGUUUUUGGCCAAGGCAGACCGCUCUACACAUAUGCGUAUGCACACUGGGGAGAAGCCAUUUUCUUGCACUCAAUGUGGGAAGAAGUUUAAACAUAGAGUUGCCCUGAAUAUGCACAUGCAAGGGCAUAGAGGGGAGAAACGCUACAUCUGCCCCCAUUGUGAAAAGGGAUUUGUGGAUCUAGGUAAUUUUAAAAGACACAAACUUAUCCACACAGGGGAGAGACCUUUUGAGUGCAAGGAAUGUGGUAAACGGUUUACUCAGUCAGCCCAUCUCAAGAAACAUGUCAACACACAACAUGUGUUACAUGAAGCAAAGUUGACUGUUUAGCAAAGUAUUUAGUUGAUCCAUUGUGAAGAAUAUAACCAAAUUAGAGCUGAUCAUCAAUUAAUUUAUGGUGAGCUGCUUUCCAAAGUUUGUCCCAGCAAAAUAAUGGCACAUUAACAAAGUAUGUGCACAUAGGUGUUAUCAACCCACCACAUAAGACACUGAUGCAUCUCUGCAUUUAGGAAAGCCUUGUGAACUAACCUACAAUUAAUGGGUUAUAAUUGCUGUCAAAUAUUUAAUUGACUUUUGUUUGCUGUAGGUUUUCACAAUUUCAUACUGUAUUUUUAAUGUUGUUUUUACAAAAACUGGCAGCUGUGGUUGAAAUACAGUAAAACAUUUUAAACAACUUUACAGAACAACCUGUAAAUUUUACAUUUUAAAAAUGUUGUAAUUUACAUGACCACACUGGCACUGUAAAAAAAACUUUUAAACUUGAUAUUAACCUUCUGCAACUGUAUAAAUCUGCUUUUUAUUUUAUAAGGUAUUGUUAAUCACUGUAAAAAUGACAUAAGAGCAAAGAAGUUCACCAGUAGUGGAUCUUCU